CUCUUAUUUAUUUUGUACAAAUUUAAAGAUAUAUAAGUUCUAGAAUAUAUACUAGGGAGUUAUUGAAAUAAUUAUACACCUAUUUUCAUUACUAUUACUCUUGGAACAUUACUACAUAUAGUUUUUAAAGCGAAGUUACAACGCAAUCGGUUGUUAAAGCAAGUACAAAAGCACAAUUCAUUUGAUAUUGCAUUUCAUAAUAUUAACUAACACAAUACGGAUAGUUUCGUAUGGUUACAUGUCGUCUGGAGGAGCAGGAUCCUCGGCAGCUGGUGCAACGGCCACCGACUUUUUCGGCUGGGAUUUACUAUAUAAAACAAUCGAAAAAAUUGUCGAUAAGAAGUCAGACGUGUUGAUAGCGUUAGCACAUUUCUUGUUGGUGAAACAUUACAAAAUGCAAUGCGUUGGCAUUGGCGAAGAUAAAACAAUUUCAACCGAAGAUGUUGGAUCAGAACUAUUACCAGAUGGUUGGAAUGACCGUGGCAAAAGAUAUGCUUUGCGCUAUUUACAUAAUGGUCGUUUGUAUCUGCUAAUAGGACAUAAUACAGAAGACUUUAUUACAAUAAAUUUACUCGAUGUUAAGGACACAAAAGUAACCAAUAUAACUUUAAAUCCACAAGAAUGGGUAAAACAACUUAAAGGUCCGCUCAACACGCUCCUGCCCGAUGCGUCACUAAUCUCAGAUCGUUAUCGUAAAGAAUUAGUUGAUCCGGUUUUCACGGGUAAUACGCGAGAGGUGACUACACAAACAAAUGUAAAUCAAGAAAUGCGUCCUUCCAACUACAGAGAUCCCCUGGCAAUAGGCGGACCAAUGAGACCAAUGGGUUCUUUUCCAAUGGAGCCGCGCCCCUUUGGUUUUCCCGACGUUGGACGCGGCGACUUAGAUCCUUUGGGUCGGGGUGGUCCUGGUAAUCUAUUUCCGAUGCCCUCACGUCCUAACUUCAAUGCUGGUUUAAAUCCGCGUUACGAUCCUAUUGGUCCAGACGGACGUAUACUGCGAGCAGACCCUAAUCCGGAUCAUCUACAGCCGCCAAAUUUUGGUUUCGAUUAUUAUAUGUAAAACAAAAGAUAAAAAAGCGAAGCAUAUAUAGUUUUGUUCUUUUUCGAACAUUAGUGAUAAUGAAUGUUGAAGGUUGCAUUAAUCGUUGGUUAAAGCCCAUUCAUAUGAAUUAAAAUUAAAAUAAAAAUGUUUAUAAAUUUUCAUCACAAUUUAGUAUAACGAAAAGCGGGCUUCAACGUGUGCCUUUAACACGCUCCUAAAUAAACAUGAGGAAAUACAUAAACGAUAAUACAAUUUACACAAUGAAAAAUAAUUUAAACCCUCUUAACUUCGUUUGAAUGAGACUUAACCAUAGAUUAAAUAACCAAUAAUUCAAAAAACAACAAAAGGAAAUAUUUGGUGAAUAAUUUGAAAAGAUAUUUACACAUAUGUAUGAUCGCCUAGAUGGCGACUAACUUGAAUUUAAUCACAAAUACAUACAUACUUGUAACGGACUGCAUUUGGAGAAAAUAACAUGAUAUUUAUUAUUCAAUAAAACACCUUGGCUAUAGA